UUCAAGUGCAGUGUGUGUGGGAAGGCAUUUGCACGUGCAUCUGCUCUUGUAGAACACCAGAGAACUCACACGGGAGAGAAACCCUUCAAGUGCUGUGUGUGUGGGAAGGCAUUUGCACGUUCAUCUGCUCUUGUAGAACACCAGAGAACUCACACGGGAGAGAAACCCUUCAAGUGCAGUGUGUGCGUGAAGGCGUUUGCACGUUCAUCUCUUCUUGUAGAACACCAGAGAACACACACGGGAGAGAAACCCUUCAAGUGCAGUGUGUGUGGGAAGGCGUUUGCACAUUCAUCUGCUCUUGUAAUACACCAGAGAACACACACGGGAGAGAAACCCUUCAAGUGCACUGUGUGUGGGAAGGCAUUUGCAUAUUCAUCUGCUUUUGUAAUACACCAGAGAACACACACGGGAGAGAAACCCUUCAAGUGCAGUGUGUGCGUGAAGGCGUUUGCACGUUCAUCUCUUCUUGUAGAACACCAGAGAACACACACGGGAGAGAAACCCUUCAAGUGCAGUGUGUGUGGGAAGGCGUUUGCACAUUCAUCUGCUCUUCUAAUACACCAGAGAACACACACGGGAGAGAAACCCUUCAAGUGCACUGUGUGUGGGAAGGCGUUUGCAUAUUCAUCUGCUUUUGUAAUACACCAGAGAACACACACGGGAGAGAAACCCUUCAAGUGCAGUGUGUGCGUGAAGGCGUUUGCACAUUCAUCUCUUCUUGUAGAACACCAGAGAACUCACACAGGAGAGAAAUCCUUCAAGUGCAGUGUGUGUGGGAAGGCAUUUUCAUGCUCAUCUGCUCUUGUAACACACCAGAGAACACACACAGGAGAGAAACCCUUCAAGUGCAGUGUGUGUGUGAAGGCAUUUUCAUGCUCAUCUGCUCUUGUAACACACCAGAGAACACACACAGGAGAGAAACCCUUCAAGUGCAGUGUGUGUGGGAAGGCAUUUUCAGAUUCGUCUAAUCUUAAAACACACCAGAGAACACACACGGAAGAGAAACCCUUCAAGUGCACUCUGUGCGGGAAGGCGUUUGCACAGUCACCAAAUCUUCAAGCACACCAGAGAACACACACGGGAGAGAAACCCUUCAAGUGCAGUGUGUGUGGGAAGGCAUUUUCACGGUCAUCUGCUCUUGUAACACACCAGAGAACACACACGGGAGAGAAACCCUUCAAGUGCACUGUGUGUGGGAAGGCAUUUUCAGAUUCAUCUACUCUUAAAGCACACUGGAGAACACACACAGGAGAGAAGACUCACACAGGAGAGAAACCCUUCAAAUGUACUGUGUGUAACAAGGCAUUUGCAUGGUCAUCAGUUCUUCAGACCCACCAGAGAACACACACGGGAGAGAAACCCUUCAGGUGCACUCUGUGCGGGAAGGCAUUUGCACAGUCACCACAUCUUAAAGUACACCAGAGAACACACACGGGAGAGAAACCCUUCAAGUGCAUUGUGUGUGGGAAGACAUUUUCAGAUUCAUCUGCUCUUGUAAAACACCAGAGAACACACACGGGAGAGAAACCCUUCAGGUGCAGUGUGUGUGGGAUGGCGUUUACACAGUCAUAUAAUCUCGUAUUACACCAGAGAACACACACGGGAGAGAAACCCUUCCAGUGCAGUGUGUGUGGGAAGGCAUUUUCACGGUCAUCUCUUAAAAAACACCAGAGAACACACACGGGAGAGAAACCCUUCAAGUGCAGUGUGUGUGGGAAGACAUUUUCAGAUUCAUGUAAUCUUGUAAUACACCAGAGAACACACACGGGAGAGAAACCCUUCAAGUGCACUCUGUGCGGGAAAGCGUUUGCACAGUCACCACAUCUUAAAGUACACCAGAGAACACACACGGGAGAGAAACCCUUCAAGUGCACUCUGUGUGGGAAGGCGUUUUCACAGUCACCACAUCUUAAAGUACACCAGAGAACACACACGGGAGAGAAACCCUUCAAGUGCAGUGUGUGUGGGAAGGCGUUUGCACAGUCAUCUCCUCUUGUAACACACCAGAGAAUACACACAGGAGAGAAACCCUUGAGGGUCUCUCCGCCCCUGGCCAAGCCUUCUGGAACUCUCUAG